AUUUCUUGGCGCACAACGCCUGAAUAGGCACACUCCCUCCCGCCAUUUUCUAUGGAGUUCGCUGGGUUCUCUCUCCUUUAGCUCGGAGGACCGUUAGAGCCACCGCCCAUGGCGGGCUAGGAGAAAGCUGUGCCCCAGGAGAAACUAUGCUAAGAGCUCUAGCCCUCGCAGCCAUGGUGCUCGUGCUGGUGCCGGUCAGGGGGUUCCCCAUUCUGGACCGCCAACUAGUCCCGGGGGAACUGUGGCCGGGUGAGGAUAGCCCGUGGCUAGUGGGGAAUGGACUUGUGGAAAGUCAGCACAUAGUGGAGUAUCAGCAGACAUCACUAGCAGCCAUGAAAAAAUAUUUGUAUAAAGCAACGCUGCAUAUGAUUUUAGAGCAGUCAACAUUGCAAAAGGACAGCAAAAGUUAUAAAAAAUUCAGAACAAAUUUAGAAACACCUCGAAAAAAUGCAGAGAGGAACCAUCAAAAAACAAAUAGGCUAAAACUUAUACUCUUAUAUCAAAGAAAUCUAUAUCUUAUUACAGAUGAAAGCACCACGGUAAAAGUUUUAGGAAUGCAUUUAGGACCAAGUAAACUAAUUUUUACAGGAAAAAAGGAAUUAACAAAAGUAUCCAAGAAUAUUCUGGAGGAUGGAAAACUUGAUGUUUUUGCAAUGAAAAUGAUUGUAUUUCAUGAUGUGAAAAAGAAAUCAGAAAAUAAAAACGUGGGACAAUUAAAAUCAAUAUAUUUCAAAAAUAGUUACAAAUACAAAGGAAUUUGGCUACCACUGGCUAUAACACCUCAGAUACUUCAAACAAAAACAAUGUUAAAAGCUGAAGAAGUACAUUUAAAAAAACAUCAGGAAGACUUGGGAAGUGUUUUGGUGUUAAGGACAGUAAAACAACAGCAGUCAAGAAAACAUACAGUAAUUAGGAUGAUGACAAAGAAAAAAUGUAAAGACAACAGUAACAGAGUAUUAGUUUCUGCCAAAGAAAGAAUUUUUUUUAGAGAGAAUGCAAAUGCUUAUAGUAAAGAUCAGUACAAAAUGUUUAUGGAAGUAAAGCAAAUAUUAAAUGAUGGAAGGAAAGGCCGACAUAAUGGAUUUAAGAAAUAUGAUCAGUUAUCUCUGAGUUUUCAGCAGAAACUGAAUUUUCUUGUCAGAAAAAAGAUGAAGGUGCAAAAAUGCAAAACAACUAAAAAAUGCGUUCCAAACAAAUUUCCACUUAUACAUACAUUUACACAACAUAGAUGUAAUUACAAUACACAGAAGAUAGUCUUGGCAUAUAAAACUAUACUGGCUCACAUUAAAAAAACCCAACACCCUACAUUUAAAAAAAAAAUGAGAAAAAAGAAAACAAUGAGAAAAAAACAGUCCAUGGUACUCAGAGCUAUAAGAGAAAUUAAAAGAGAGGUUGAAAUUGAAAAUUCGUCAGAACUUGACUAUAUAAAUAAUAACUUUCUAGCCAUUAUAUCUGAUAAAAGGUUAAAGGAUGAGGUAUUCAUUUCAGAAAUGAACCAAAUGAAGUCAUCCAUCUGCACAGUAGAAUUUUUGAAACACCUCAUUCAACCCUUUCAGAUGGUAAACAGAUAUUUUAGUGUUGCUCGAAAGGGAUUUAGAACUUCAGCUCUGAAAGCACUUGUGGGAAAAAAGCAUCUUGGUACAGAAAGUUUACUAAGCAUGUCACAUCUUCGUAAAUACAUUUGUCAAGGUCCAUCAGUUGUUGAAAGGACUAAACGAUCAACAAAAGGAGAAAAUGUACAAAUAUCUGUAGCUUUUUUGAAGCAUUUAACCUCUGCCCUUGUAGUAUCUGCUACUAUUUUUGGAAUGGCUCUCUCACUUUUGUCAUUGGCAGCAUGUUACUUAUACUAUAAAAGAAGGCAACUUAAACCCUUUCUUGAUGUUGUAUUGAAAGGUGGAGAAUCCCUACACAGAUCUAAAUCCAGUGAUCCAAAUUGUUGUACUCCUAUUUCUCUUUCUCAGGCUUUUCACUUUGGACAAUCACAGGAAUCAAGGAAGAAUCAGACAGCAAUGGCAACAGAUUCUAAAACUUUUCCCAGGGAACAAAAAAGAACUUACACUGUUGACAACCCCUGCAAGAUAAAGAGAACUACUGAAACUUGUUCCAAAGAGGGACCUGAUGUUACUGUAAAAGAACUGUAUGCCAGCUCCGAUGCAGACCGCAGUUCAAAUGGGUCACAAAGAAGUUUUACUGUAAGAUCCAAAGCUUACUUAUUUCCAUCUUGGUCCAAUGAGAGUAUGGGAUCCCUAUGUGAUGAUGAUGUGUGUGAUGCUUCCUCUACACAGCAUUCCUCAUCAGAGGAAAUCAUCAUGGAACAUGAGUUCUCAAACCAACCCAGGUCCAACACCAACCAAAAAGAAAAGACACCAGUUUCUGUGGUUUGUCAUUCAUGUAAAAACCAAGGCCAGAGUACCUCUAGUGAUGUGUUGUUGCCGGUGAAGGAGCUAAGGAUUUCCAGGUCAAAAUCUGAGAAUGAUAUCCAUGUAUCUACUAGUAACCAAUGGCAUCCAGUCCGCUGAUUUACCAUUUUUGAUGGAAGACACAAUACAUGAUCAAUAUUUGUAUGUUUCACUAGAUAGUUUUAACUUCUAAUGUUGAUUAUUCUAGUUUUUCCCUAAACAGCAAAUUAUUUAAGUGAAUAUACUUACCUGAAACAUGAAAGAAGAAGCUGACUUUUUCUGAUAGGAGUCACAAGACCACAAGAAUGUUCCCCCACGUUUUUUCUUUUUAAAUGGUAUAUAUACCAGACUACAAAUUCUGAUUUUCUUCUCAAAAAUAAAUCUGGGUAAACUA